CCGGCCGCCCACAAAGCAAAUUUGUUGAAUUAACAGAAACUUGAGUUUUCUUCUUCUCUCUCGACACGCCCAACGCCGACAAACGACAAACUCGACAACGCACAAUCGAGAUGGCUGCCACCACUGUCCCCACCCAGGACCAGGUCCUCGUCCCUGAGACUCUCCUUAAGAAGCGCAAGAGCCAAGAAGCUGCUCGCGCCGCUCGCCGUGCUGAGGCUGAGAAGACCAAGCAGGCCAACAAGGAGAAGCGCGGUGUCAUCUUCAAGCGUGCCGAGUCCUAUGUCAAGGAAUACCGUGACGCUGAGCGCGAGAAGGUCCGCCUUGCUCGUGAGAGCCGCAAGCAGGGUACCUUCUACGUUGAGGACGAGCCCAAGUUGGUCUUCGUCAUCCGUAUCAAGGGUAUCAACAAGAUCGCUCCUAAGCCUCGCAAGAUCCUCCAGCUGUUGCGUCUGCUCCAGAUCAACAAUGGUGUCUUCAUUCGUUUGAACAAGGCCACUGCUGAGAUGCUCACCAUCAUCGACCCUUACAUUGCCUACGGUUACCCCAACCUCAAGACCGUCCGUGAGCUCGUCUAUAAGCGCGGUUACGGCAAGAUCAACGGCCAGCGUAUCCCUCUCUCUGACAACCAGAUCAUUGAGCAGAGCCUUGGCAAGUACGGCAUUGUCUGCGUUGAGGAUCUUAUCCACGAGAUCUACACAGUCGGUCCCAACUUCAAGCAGGCCUCCAACUUCCUGUGGCCCUUCAAGCUCUCCAACCCUACCGGUGGUUUCCACAAGCGCAAGUUCAACCACUUCAUCGAGGGUGGUGACACUGGUAACCGUGAGGAGAACAUCAACAACCUCGUCCGCCAGAUGAACUAAAAAGUUUUUUCUUUUGUGGCUACCACAAGCGUUUAUGAUGGGUUGUUUGUUUCACAGGGAUGCAUGUUAUUAGCGUUAUGAUAUUCUAUACUUUAGGUAGCAUUCUCUAGCCUAAUGAGGACAAUUCAGUGUUCAGACA